UCAGUUCGUGAGAUCAUAUACCGUGCAGUGCGCGACAAGUGUAGACCGUGAAAUAACAGCAGCUUAUCAAGCAAUUAUGUCGCUGAUGUCAAAUGUACUUUUACUCAUCACCUUAGCAGGGAUAGUUCCGGCUUUUCCUUUCAAUUCUUUUAAAAAUUGUAAAACCGAUUUGGAAUGUUCAUCAAAUCUUUGCUGUUUAUUAGGGCCUACGAGGUACGCGAUACCAACCUGUAUGCCGUUUCAACAGAAGGGCGAACAAUGUCGAGUAAAUGCUGAUACUAUUACGGCUAAUCUUACUUACCCGAAUAAUUUGCAAUUAGAAAUUAGAAAUGCUAAUUUCAUUUUAUGUCCUUGCGCAAACGGAUUAUUCUGCGAGCGCGGUAUUUGUAAUUAAUAUGUAAUGUUUUAUCAAUUGAAGUAUAAUCAAAAAUAUUGCAAUAAAUGAAUUGCUCAGAAAGAAAUACAUUGUGGCGAAACAGUUUCACAUUUUUUAAUCACUUGACCUGAUGAUAUAUAACAUUCAGAUAUAAGAUUAAAUAACAAUAGCAUUCAGAUAACAUUCAGAUAUAAGAUUAAAUUAAUUCUUAAACA